UUCAUGGUAACCACGUGUUGUCAUGAACGCCACAGCGAUAGCUCCUUGUGAAAAUAGCCUGACUGGCCUCUAAUCCUUUGUCUUCCGGGAAGUAUACCAUACAUUUUACCUUCUGAAUCCAGCAAUUUCAUCACAACCAACAUUAAAUGGAAUUACUGCAUUAUAGUGCACCUUUGUAGCUACUGACCAGGUUUCAUGUGUGUUCACGAUCAGAAUGUGAAUUUAAUCUUCACUGUCAUGGCUACCUCAGCAUACAAACAGACCCCAAAAAUAUUUAAAAAACAGUCAUGGAUUAAGUAAAAUUUCACGCAUUUGUGCAUUUGGUAAUACAUGCAUAUUGAUGUAUCUAAUGAAAAAUUCUCUGAAGUGAUUCGUAUAUAUGUGGCACCAUAGCGUUGUAAUAUCUUCAUGCAAAUUGUCUGUUUGAUAACGGUACCUGUAGGCCUCUAUGGACAUGCACACAUGCAAACUGUGGCAACUAAAAGCUUGUCUGUCAUACACUAUACAGUAGGUACUGUUUGACCGGUAUAAUUACUGUCAUGUUUUACAAAUACCAUAUGCAAUAGGUCGAUCAAUGACUGCUACCAGGACGAUAAUAGCUUCACCUCAGUAAGCUGCAAAACCUUCAUUUACCUGCACAGAUGGGACAUUAAUAAAGGCCAUGCAAAGUAAAGUUUACAAUCAGUUGUAUUCACACCAUCACGCCUUUAGCACCUGUGUUUAUCGCGCUACAAUUGGUUGAGCAGAGAAACAACAGUGCAGAAAACAACCAGUGAGAGUACACAAGAACACAACAUUGAUCAGCUUGGUCGUCAGGGGCUUCUCUGCAAAGUGAUUUGUCGGCUGUCCAUCCAGUUAAAGGCUGUAACAGGUUAACUGAACGACAUACACCGUCCCACAGUAUAGACCACAUCUCUAGGAGCACCCCUAAAAGCCAUGGCCUCUGCGAGGAACACCAAAGUUAAGCCGUCUAAAACGCCUGUCCCUCAGGCUAAACAGCAGGGAGGGAUAGCAUUUGAGAUCAGCUUGGAUGAUAACCUGGAGAGGCCUCCAUCAGCCGGGCCGGGGCGUCUGAGACGACAGCCUGUGAGGGAGCCAGUGACUGUAGAGGAGAUGCAGGAGAAACAGAGGAAGGCUGAGGAAAGGAGGAAGGAAGCUGAGGCAGAGAAACUCCACAAGAUCCAUAUCAGAGAAGAAAACUGCAGAAAAGUCACACAAAAAAUGGACAAGAUUGUAAAUCGCUUGCCCAUUGAGAACUGCAGUGCAGCCAAGCCUUUUGAUGAAAAUGAGGUGGUGCCAGCUUUGAAACAUAAAACUGGGGUGUCAGAAUCAGCUAAACAGAAAACUCCAAAAGUUGAAUCAGCCACAAAAAAUUCUGGUUCAAAAUCAGAUUUAAAAAAUGUAAAGAAAUCUUCAAAAAUGCCUUAAAGUCCGGUCAUAUUUUGUGCCUUUAAUUAUGUGUGGUCAUAUUCUGUGUGUAGCAUGUAUAUAGAGAAAACCAGCUGAAAGCGUAAAUUAGAACUACCCGUAUACUUCAACCUUUUCAAUCGCCUCUACGACCAAUAUUUUGAAACAUUCUGAGAGAACUAUGAGGUGUAGAGAAAUAAUGUGCUCAGUUUU